CGACAGAAAUUCAAUUCGUUUGACGAUCGUUUAAUCCCUACCGCAUGGAAUGAAGCCAUUUGAUGUUUUUUGGGGACGAAGAAAUCAUACUUUUGAAUUAUCACAACAGAGUUUUAUUCCAAAAAUUGAACCCGAGAUCAGGUUGCCAGAAGUCGAGUGUCUUCAGAAGAACCAAUGAGCUGAGUGUUAAUUCUUAUCGUCUCAAGAAGCAAUAUCCGUGUCUGAAUAAAAAUAAAUUAAGACCUUUUUUUACCCUAACAUCAACAGGCAUAUUCUCCAUACUGCUCUCUAUACAUUUUCUAAGGUGCUGACAAGGAGAGUCUGUUUAACAAUCAAGAGCUUCUUAAAUUGGCGGUCAUUUCAUAUAUUCUCUUGACCAUAAUGUGUUAUUCUGAGGUGAUGAGAUAAGGAGAAAGUUCGUGCUGGUCUUUUCCAAACUAUAAUGAUAGUUUCCAUGAAGAAAGUCGCGAGUAUAGCUGUCAUUGAUCGCGUUCACGAACCUCCUACUGUUAAUUAAUUGUUUUGUGGUUCUGUUUACUAUUUUGUAUAACAAAACUUUUCCUUAAUAGACAUUGUGUCUAUGAGCCGUUAGCCAUGCAUUAUCGUUGGUUUCUGACUCAUUUCUGUUCAUUUAUCCUAGGCUCCUCUCAUGUUCAAAUCGCUCUUAGUUUUCAAGAGUGCUUUCUAUGACCGAGUCUCGCAGAGAUGUUGAUGUUUAUCUGGAACAGCGUGACGAACAAACCUAUGCUAACAGCGCAUCCCAGAAUGCAUUUUAUGCAUUUCUCCGCUGUCCUCCAGAUUGGCGGCGCAACCUCACUCGAUUCUGUGCUUCGGCCCAAAUUCUUCUGACAAGAGGCAGAACUUUACGAAGUUUACCGAGGGUAUUUAUCCUGCGCAGAGUAUUUUUUCUCUUUUGGAUAUUAACAGUUAUCCUGUUCGUGUACCUCAAGUGGUAUUUUCCCUUAUAUCUGACGAGCACGGUAAAUCGCAACAGUUUAGAGGAGUUCAGGUGGGACUGGUGUCGAGUGCGAAGGGUUUCGAUAAACUGGGAAUUACUAAGAUCCCCUUGUGAAGGGAACACCAAAUUUGGUAGAAGUCUACCUGGUUGGGGGAUUGAAAACAGGACUGACCCGAGGCAAAGCUUUAUUCCUUAUAUGGAUAUCAGACCUGCAGGCGAGUUUAGUAGGUUCAGUAUUCAGUCCCAAACGUCCAGUGGCCAACCUAAGGCAAUCGGGGGUGACGAUUGGCGGGUUCUUAUAUGGGGCCCAUCAGUACAGGCACCGACAGUGAUUGAUCACAAAAAUGGAACGUACGAGGUGUUGUUUCUUAUACUGGAGCCUGGUACCUACUCUGGAUUGAUUGUUUUGGAUUACUCCCUGUGCGACGGAAUGAAAAAUCCACCUGAAUACUGGUUUAUGAUUGGAAAUAUCCAUGGAAACGGGCAACCACACGGGACCCUAAUGGAACCCUACGUCUAUUUGCAAACUCCCCUUUGGGAAGGAAUACCGCUGAUAAUAGAAGUGGCGUCACCGGUUGGUCCUACAAGAUAUGAAGAAUUUCUCAGUUAUGGAUUUGGUAAUCCUCCUUCUUGCGGGGAGGAUUGCAAAUUCUUAUGGGAUGGCUUCGGCCGCUGGUCUAACGGAACCUGGAAACCACAAGUGGAAGGUUUGUGGACGAAACAUUCUCCAAGGAACCGCGAGGGUGUACUGUGGAUCUAUGGAGAUUCAAAUGCGGGUCGGUUUUAUCGCUCUAUCCGCCGAACUCCGCUGUGUAGAACGGUUUUCCGCGCUUGCAGUUUCUCGUACAACUGGAUUUAUCCAAUUAAAAACGCUACAGUGGAAAUGCAGCAACAAAAUUUUCUACCAAUAAAUGUGUCCCGAGUGUUGGACGCCAUUGCGAAAGUAAUUCAUCUGCCACAAAUGAACAACGAGAAAAGUGUCAUUCUCUUAAAUCAUGGUCUGCAUUUUAUGACUUCGACAAACUUCACAACAUACCGCGAGGUUGUCAACGGAAUAAUAGAUUUGUUUAAAGAGACAAGGACAGACAACAAAGGAAAAGAACUUAAGUUCCGAGGGAAAGUUAUUUGGAAGACAACCUCUGCUAUUCACCGCGAAAGGUUAAGAUAUCCCCAUCAUCACAAGCGAAGAUUUUUAACUCGUCAGCGGGUACAACUGUACAACGCUUACUCCACCUGGGCUAUGUGUCAAGCUGGUUUUGAGGUACUUGAUGUGUACCCAAUUAGUGCGUCUUUUCCAAACGGAACCGACAACAGCUUGGAUCCUUACGAUGCCGUCCACUACAAGGAUUUGGUGAUCAAGCCCGCGGAACACAUUCUUCUCGAAUACUUCAGCCCUCGGUGGACAACAGUCAAUAACACAAACAGAGAAGUGUGAAGCCUUGGAGAUGAACGAGUUUAUUGUUACUUUCUUAAAAAAUUUUUGUGGUGCGUUGGUGAAACAAUUAGUUGGUUAUCAACCACAAGUUGAUGAAGGAAGUCUAAUCGCCGAAGAGAAUUUUGGAAAGCUGACGUUUUCGGCGUUUGCCCUCUCCAGGG